AUGACUCAAUUUGAAGGACAGCCUAAGGAGCUCGAUGCUGGUGAUAGCCUGCCAUCGAGGGAGCAGUUUUGGGAAGAAUUGAACUACGCGCUGUCUACUCCGUGUGCCAGCUACGAACUAAUCGAUAACGCCUUGCGGGCCUGGCUCGAACUCGUCUCGGCAUGUCGCGACCGGUAUCUUGAGGAGGAAGAGGAUCUCGCGCGGUGUUCGCAGAAGCUGUUGACCAGUACGAUAUUUGAGGCCCACGGCGCAUACGUGCGCACGCAGAUCAUAUACAGCCUGCUCCAGGAGGAUGAGGCACGGUCGCUGCAUGUGAUCGCCAACUUCCUGCUGCUGGACGGACGGACACACGAGGACGUGUUUCAGGAGAUGAUCAAUGCCGGUUGCUUCACGCGACUGGUCGAGCUCAUCAAGACCAGCCCCGACGACGACCGACGGCUACACCGACUGCUUCUCGAGCUGAUGUACGAGAUGUCCCGCGCUGAGCGUGUGCGCACAACCGAUCUGCUACAUGUGGACGAUGCCUUCAUUGGCUGUCUCUUCCAGAUGAUCGAAGACCUUGCCGACGACUUUGACGACCCAUACCACUACCCUGUAAUCCGUGUAUUGCUGGUCCUCAAUGAGCAGUAUAUGGUGGCAGCCACGACGGCAGCCACGACGGCGGCCGUUGACCUUGUGUUACCGGUCGCGCCACUGACCAACCGUGUCAUCAAGGUUCUCAGCCUUCACGGACCGUUGUACCGCACGUUUGGCGAGAACAUCAUUUUGCUGCUGAACCGCGAGACCGAGACGUCGCUGCAGCUGCUGAUCCUGAAGCUGAUGUAUCUCCUCUUCACAACAAAACCCACGUACGAGUAUUUUUACACCAACGACCUGCGCGUGCUGCUCGAUGUGAUCAUUCGGAAUCUGCUGGAUCUGCCCGACGAGCUGACGACGUUGCGCCACACGUACCUGCGCGUGCUCUAUCCGCUGCUGGCACACACGCAGUUGCAACAGGCGCCACACUACAAGCGGGACGAGAUCCUGAGAGUGCUGGCGAUUCUCAGCGGGUCUGGAAAUGCUCACUUUGCGCCGGCAGAUGAGACGACGCUGCGGCUUGUAGACCGCGUGUCCAAGGUCGAAUGGUUGGCCACCACGUUGCUGCCGUCCGCGCCCGCUUCACCGUCGAGUCCUACAAAUACAGUGGACACGAUAGACACGACGGACACGACGGCAACAUCCAGCACGGCAGCGACCGUGAAUUCGAUCGGCACGGCUGACAUCUUUGACACCAUAGACACCGACACCGACACCAGCGAUGCCGGUUCUAUCAGCACUGACAGCACGGCCUCCGUGAGCAAAACGGCGAGCAACGCAGGACCCUCCGUCGACAACGGCAGCCAAAUGAUCAACAAGCUGCUGGGCAUCAGCCUCUCGCACGAAGAAAGCUGCGGUAGCGUUGUGAACGUGGCUUCCGUGAAAGAGAAGCCCGGAGUCAAGACGCCCAGCCGUAAAGCCGAUAUGCCGCAGACAGGUCAGUAUGGGAACUCGAACGGGACGACAGAGCAGAGUCACAGCGGUGAGCAACCAGAGGAAACGACACUACACGCCCAACGCGGUCAUACGCCACAGGCUAGACCGCCGCCGCCACGAACAGCAUCCCGUAACCUGCCCCGAGCACCGCCUGACACAUCGCCUAAAACAACAUCGAUUUCGCAAGAACAACAAUCUCUGUCCGGGAACGGACACCAGGACCAUAAACGACGGCAACGGCGCGCUCUUCCGGCUGUGCCAAGGCACCGACAUGGCGUGUUGAUGAAGCCAACAGGCGAUCUGACACCUGAAGCCGCAUCCGAUGGCAGCAACAGCAUGAGUGCUCCCAGCGUAUCGACUACCGGCACCACUCUGACAUCAGGGCACGGCGGCAUCAAGAAGCUGGCUCCCAAGGCGCCACCAAAAGCACCACCACCCCGCCGGAUCGGCAGGCUGCGGCAGGCAUCCGUGUCAACCGUAAGUCUGCAGUCGACGAUUGAUGCAGUCGUGGAAUCGAGCUCAUCGUUGUGA